ACGCCCGCCUCGCCGCCGCUUCCCCCGCCUCGCUACCUUCCAUUCGCGCCGCCUUCCUCCACACGCCACCUCACCCUCCCCACGCCACACGCGGCGGUACAAGUAGCGCCCCGCCCCCCCACGCCUUGCCCCGAAGCCACCAAACCCUAGCCCCCACUCCGAGGCGGCGAGAGGAGCUCGGGGGUGGAAGGGAGCUUGUGAGGCGGGGAGCGGGGGUCUGGGUGUUUCCCUAGGGUUUUGAUCCGGGAGGUGGUGGUGGUGGGGGGCGGCGGGGAUGAGCAGCCUCGUGGAGCGGCUGCGGGUGCGGUCGGAGAAGCGGCCGCUGUACACGCUCGAUGAGUCCGACGACGACCUCCCGCCGCGCGGCGGGGCCGGGAAGGGGAGGGAUCGGCACAGUGAUGGCCCCACCGAGCGGAUCGAGCGGGAGGACACGAAAGAAGAUGCUUGCCAGAAAUGUGGGGAAAAUGACAAUCUAGUAUCAUGUUCAACAUGUACAUAUUCAUUUCACAGGAAAUGUUUGGUUCCUCGCUUAAAUAUCACAUCUGAUAAAUGGAGCUGCCCUGAAUGUGUAAGUCCUCUGACGGAGAUGGAAAAGAUAUUAGAUUGUGAAACACAGACUGAUGGUCCUGAAGAGACUAGUUCUUCAGAGUCUGGAUCAAAGAAGAACCCUGGCAAGCGAUAUCUUAUAAAGUGGAAAGGACUAUCACAUCUUCAUUGCACUUGGGUUUCAGAAAGUGAAUAUUUGGAAACUGCCAAGAUACACCCCCGGCUGAAAACUAGACUGAAUAACUUCCAUAGGCAAAUGGAUGCAACAGAUAAGUCUGAUGAUGACUAUUCUGCAAUUAGACCUGAGUGGACCACUGUUGACAGGAUCCUUGCUACCAGAAAAAGCUCUACUGGUGAAAGGGAGUACUAUGUGAAAUGGAAGGAACUAACGUACGAUGAAUGCACCUGGGAAAAUGAGUCAGACAUCUCAGUCUUUCAGCCUCAGAUUGAACAAUUUAAUGAGAUUCAGUCCAGGCGGAAGAAGUCUACUGACAAGUCUAAGAGUGUCAAUCGUGAGAUACGUCAAUAUAAGGAGAGCCCGAAGUUUCUCUCUGGUGGGACACUACAUCCUUAUCAACUUGAAGGGCUAAACUUCUUGCGCUAUUCUUGGUACCAUAACAAGCGUGUAAUUCUUGCGGAUGAGAUGGGUCUUGGUAAAACGAUACAGAGUAUUGCUUUUUUGGGCUCUCUAUUUGUGGACAAACUUGGUCCUCAUCUGGUGGUUGCUCCCCUCUCAACCUUGCGAAAUUGGGAGCGUGAAUUUGCAACUUGGGCACCUCAAAUGAAUGUUGUAAUGUAUUUUGGAUCUGCAGCUUCCCGUGAAAUUAUUAGGAAGUAUGAAUUUUACUACCCCAAAGAGAAACCUAAGAAGCUCAAGAAAAAGAAAUCAUCUCCAUCCAACGAAGAAAAGAAACAGUCAAGAAUAAAAUUUGAUGUCCUUUUGACAUCUUAUGAGAUGAUUAAUAUGGAUUCUACUGUUCUAAAAACUAUAGAAUGGGAAUGCAUGAUUGUGGAUGAGGGGCAUCGUUUGAAGAACAAAGAUUCAAAGUUGUUUGGUCAACUUAAAGAGUACCGCACUAAGCAUCGCGUUCUCUUAACGGGAACCCCAGUUCAGAACAACCUUGAUGAACUUUUCAUGCUUAUGCACUUCCUUGAGGGUGACAGUUUUGGUAGUAUAGCUGAUCUCCAAGAAGAGUUCAAGGACAUAAACCAAGACAAGCAAGUUGAGAAGCUCCAUGGAAUGCUGAAGCCACACCUUCUUCGGCGAUUCAAGAAAGAUGUUAUGAAAGAACUUCCUCCAAAAAAAGAACUGAUUUUACGUGUUGAGCUGACAACCAAACAGAAAGAGUACUACAAGGCAAUUCUCACCAAGAAUUAUGAAGUGUUAACUCGCCGUAGUGGUGGACAUGUUUCACUUAUUAAUGUUGUAAUGGAACUGCGCAAACUUUGUUGCCAUGCCUUCAUGACAGAUGAACCCGAAGAGCCUGCCAACUCAGAAGAAGCUUUAAGGAGGCUUUUAGAUUCUUCUGGAAAGAUGCAGCUGCUGGACAAGAUGAUGGUGAAACUGAAAGAGCAGGGCCACAGGGUUCUUAUUUAUUCGCAGUUCCAGCAUAUGUUGGACUUACUGGAGGAUUAUUUAAGCUACCGGAAAUGGAGUUAUGAGCGUAUUGAUGGAAAAAUAGGUGGCGCUGAAAGGCAAAUACGAAUUGAUCGCUUCAAUGCUAAAAAUUCUACUAGGUUUUGCUUUCUUCUUUCAACUAGAGCAGGUGGUCUUGGUAUAAAUCUGGCAACUGCAGAUACUGUAAUUAUUUAUGACAGUGAUUGGAACCCUCAUGCUGAUUUACAAGCUAUGGCGAGAGCCCAUCGCUUAGGGCAGACGAGCAAGGUAUUUUACCUUAAUCUGUUAUGAUAUAGGCUUGUUAGUCGUGGGACAAUUGAGGAGCGAAUGAUGCAACUUACAAAGAAAAAAAUGGUACUGGAGCACUUAGUUGUCGGUCGACUCACGAAAGGCACUAACAUCGUCCAGGAGGAGUUGGAUGACAUUAUUCGGCAUGGCUCAAAGGAACUUUUUGAUGAUGAAAAUGAUGAAGCUGGGAAAUCUUGCCAAAUCCAUUAUGAUGAUGCUGCGAUUGAUAGAUUAUUAGACCGUGACCAAGCUGAUGGGGAAGAGCCUGUGGAAGAUGAAGAAGAUGAUGAAUUUCUAAAAGGAUUCAAGGUUGCUAACUUUGAGUACAUAGACGAGGCUAAGGCUUUAGCAGCAAAAGAGGAGGCACGCAAAAAGGCAGAAGCUGAAGCUGCAAAUGCUGACAGACAAAAUUAUUGGGAUAAAUUAUUGAAGGAUAGAUAUGAUGUACAAAAGGUUGAAGAAAAUACUUCUAUGGGAAAAGGAAAAAGAAGCCGCAAACAGAUGGCUGCUGCCGACGAGGAUGACAUUACUGGCCUGCAUGACAUGAGUUCUGAAGAUGAUGAUUAUUCCUAUGACGAUGAUGUGUCGGAUAAUGACACAAGUUUACAAGCGGGCAUUUCUGGGAGGAGGGGCCCAUAUUCCAAGAAAAAACAACGUAAUGUUGAUUCACUUCCAUUCAUGGAGGGUGAAGGACGUGCUUUGAGAGUUUAUGGGUUUAACCAAAUCCAGCGGACACAAUUCCUUCAAACACUUAUGAGGUACGGUUUUCAGAACUAUGAUUGGAAGGAGUAUACUCCUCGAUUGAAGGGGAAAAGUGUUGAGGAAAUCCAGAGAUAUGCUGAACUUGUCAUGAUCCAUCUUCUUGAGGACAUAAAUGACUCUGCAUAUUAUGCCGAUGGCGUUCCAAAGGAAAUGCGCGCAGAUGAGACAUUGGUCAGGCUAGCCAACAUAUCACUUGUGGAAGAGAAGGUGGCUGCCAUGGAACACGGAAAAAUAACAAAACUCUUUCCCAGCUAUUUAUUAUACGAAUUUCCUAGCUUAGCUGGUGGAAGAAUAUGGAAAGCAGAACAUGAUCUACUGUUGCUGAAAGCAUUAAUAAAGCAUGGGUAUGCAAGGUGGCAGUAUAUAUCAGAUGACAGAGAUAACGGGCUAUUUGAGGCUGCGCGACAAGAGCUGAAGCUUCCUACUGCUAAUGAACUAAUUAGUGCUCACUCAAAUAAUGAGGCAAAUGGAAAUCUGGAAAACACACAAGAAGGCCAGUCGAACCCAACAAGCAUGACCCAUUACAGGGACACACAGAGAAAGACAGUUGAGUUUAUUAGAAAGAGAUUCCAUCUUUUGGAAAGAUGCUUGAAUCUUGAAUAUGCUGUGAUAAAAACAAAAACUCCUGUUCCUGAUGAUCUUGCAGAACAAGAUUUUACUGGUGGUCAUAGACUGGCUGUUCCAGACUUCAGUGAAAUGUUGAGAGAGUUGCCUGUCCUUGAACCUAUUUCCAAAGAAGUGGCGCCUGAUGGUACAACUGAUCAGUCACAAGUUUCUCAUCUUUACAACAAGAUGUGCUUUGUGCUUGAAGACAGUGCUGUUCCUGCACUCGGUUCGCAUUUCGGUGACAAGUCAGCUUCAUCGAGCCUAGCCCAUAGCCUUCAUAAGUUCGAAGCCGCGUGCGAGGACGUGAACCGGAUCUUGAGAUCCCAGGAGAAUGGUACCACUCCCAAAACCAAAGAGGAAGUUAUGGUAGAUACAAGCUCCAAAGAGACUACAUCUCCAAAGUGUCCAGGAACUGAGGCAGUGAAGGAAGAGCUAGCGACUGGGCCUUCAAGCUCCAAAGAAGCUACCCCUCCGCAACAAGAUCCAGUUGCAGAGACAGUGAAGGAAGAGCCACCAACUGUUCAGGUUGAAGACAAAAUGGAAGUCGAUGGUUGAUUUAUAGGAAUCACAAUAAUAACGAUAGUUUCGAACUGUUUCCAUCUGAUCUAAUCACUAAGUUGGUUGUAGCAUUUACCAUAUUGUAAGCUGUAACUCUAAGCUAAGCAUAUCACUCUACAGUCUUAAACUAGGCAUCCAGGAGGCCUGGACGACAUCACCAGGCCUGAGCUGUCCAACGGUUACCGUCAAACUGCCGUGAUUAAAGUUACCAAGUUUUGUUCA